AUGAGCGUCACAUUCGAAGUUUUCCGCGGGUCGAAAGAGGGAAAGAUCGUUGCAGACAAGACUACCCGCACCCUUCAGCACAAUGAGGUCUACAUCGAGACCACCCACUCCGGCCUCUGCGGCACAGACGAACACUACUUGCGCUCCGGCCAGGUUCUCGGACACGAGGGUGUCGGUAUCGUGCGACAGAUUGGCCGUGACGUCACCAACGUCAAGGUUGGUGCUCGUGUCGGUUUUGGAUACACGCACUACGUGUGCGGAACCUGUGAAAAGUGCUUGAGCGGCUGGGACCAAUAUUGCGAGAACAAGAAGGAAUAUGGCAGCCACGACCACGAUCUUGGAUCCUUCAGCGAGGGUGUCGUUUGGGAUGCCGGCUGCGUCGUCCCCAUUCCCGAUGGAUAUGACUUGGCAGAUGCUGCCCCGCUGAUGUGUGCCGGUGCAACUGUCUGGACUGUCCUGACAGAGUACGGUGUUCGCCCUACCGACCGUGUUGCAGUUAUGGGCAUUGGUGGCCUUGGUCACUUGGCCAUCAAGUUGGCUGCGGCAAUGGGGUGCCAGGUGGUCGUUCUUUCCAGCUCCGAGGCCAAGCGCGAGGAGGCAAUGGCCUUCGGUGCCUCCGAGUAUCACGUUUUCAAGGCCGGUCAAGAGAUCAAGGACUUCAAGCCCGUGAAUCAUCUCCUGCUCUGCGGUAGUGCCAGUGUCGACUAUCAAUCCUUGAUUCCCUUGAUGGAUAUUCAUGGAUCCAUCUAUCCGUUGACCGUCGACAUGACUCCCUCACCCGUCCCUCUGCUUAGGAUGUGCCUCAAGGGUAUCCGUGUCCAGGGUUCUCUCGUUGCAUCUCGCCGCAGCCUGCGCUCUCUAAUGCAAUUUGCUGCCGAUAAGAAGAUCACCCCGACUACGAUGACUUUCCCCAUGGACCAGGAGGGAGUUGAGGAGGCCAUGCAGACCCUUCGUGAUGGCAAGAUGAGAUACCGUGGCGUGCUCGUUCGUCAGUAA